UCGCGCCUUUGUUUUGAAAGUAGCUUGUACCGGUGCAUCAUGGGAUACAAAAUGUUUCCUAAGGUAGCUAACUAGUGCUAAUUUACCGGAGAUAACUGGUUAUAAACUCACAGUUUACGCCUUCUUAAAGUCUUUGUAGAUAGAAAAUAUUAAUAUAAUUUUAACUGCACCCAACUGUCGCUAUGUCGGCAGAAGCGGACUGUAGAGUGUCCACCUCCUCCAGCUCCAGGAAGGAUGAAAGGAAAAGAUCCAGAAGCACAGGAAGAGAAAAAAGGAGGCGGAAACGCAGCCGUAGCAGAUCUUCCUCAUCAUCCUCUUCCAGCUCAUCAUCAUCGUCUUCGUCUUCGUCUGCAUCGUCAUCUUCAUCGUCAUCUUCGGGUUCUUCACGGUCAUCCAGCCGAAGUCGCAGCAGCUCUAGCAGUAGUGACUCUCGCAGUAAAUCCAGAAAACAGUCCAAGAAAAGGAGAAAGGAGAAACAUAAAAAAAAAGGGAAGAAAGAGAAACGGUCUAAACGUAAGAAAGAAAAGAAGUCAAAAGGAGAGGAGGACAGCUCAGGACCUGUGCAGAUCUCCAAGUAUUUGAAGGACAGGAAAAAGGGCAAAUACAGCAUGAUUUCAGGGAAGAAGAUAAAGAUGAAAGUAAAGAAAUCAAAGAAAGACAAACAGCGAGACAAAAAUCGAGCAGAGCUUCUGGAGUUCUUGAACUCUACCCUGUAAUCCCGCUGUGAACACCGGUCCUGUUUGUCAGGCCCAGACACCUCAGCAGAUCUCAGGAAAAAAUAAAAGCAGAGUUUUCUGAGAAGGAAAAGAUGACUGUAAAUUGAGUUGCCACAGAGAGGCAGCAGCAACGUUGCCAGAGUGCAGGAGGAGAUAUUUCUGUGGGCAAAACAAGAAGCAGUCACACCGCAGGCUCAUGAUGUAAGCGGUGUUAUUAUUAAGCAGUUGGGUAAGUUCAUCUGUGGUCCACCAGAUGGAAAUAAAGUUGCUCACCUGCCUCUGACUUCUCAGAUUUGCUCGCAGUUUGUCAUCUCUUUCAAAAAAAGAACUCCCUAAUUAGGUCGCAACAUACCAUUUCACAAAAUACAGAAUUCAUUCAGUAAUUGGUUCAGAAAAGAUAUGGGCUUAGAUCUAUAUGUGUCUUCCAUGUGUGAAGCUGGCUCCAACAUUACCCACAGUGUAUCUCAGCCACCGGCAGCCUGGUCGGAGUCUCACGUAGCAACAAAAAGAGGACUGAUCAAGUCACACCCUCUGAUUUUCUUUUUUAAUAAACCUGAUUUAAAGAUUUGAAAACAGACUUUGCUGUUCUUCUUUCAGCUCUUAGUUACUUUCCCCAUUCAUAGCAGCCUUUCUACAUUUAGAAAGGUUUCGUACGUUCAUUUUCUGCUUGUAGCUGAUGAGAAUUGCGGUUGCAAAAGUGCAAGUCUGAUUGUGUGUUGAAAUAAGUUUUUAACAUGUAUAUUAUGUUAAAAAUGCGAAUCGACUCUGUAUUGUUGAAUUAUUAUAGUAAGUCUUAUUCAUAACCAUUUAUUCUCUCAUGAACAAUGUUUCAAAAUCAGUUAUUUUUAUUGUAUUGACAUAUAAAAACACAGACACUGUCAGUUCCUCUUGUAUGGAGAUAAUGUCAAGAUGUUUAUGGAUGAUGGAUGAAACCUUUUAUGUAUUGCUGAAUAAUGGUGGGUGACAAAUGGAGCAGAAACAGCAAUUAAAGUGCGUCAAAGCUU